UGACAAGCAGUCGCGCGGUGUGACCACAGCCGCUCUCGUGCUGUAGUGCGCAGGUUGAGCUUUUCAUAACAGACGCCGGUACGACCCACUCCCACUUUGGACUUGCUUUCACUUGAUACUUCACUCACUGACAUCUGACAAUAUUGUCAGUUUUCAUUCAGUAUCACCACAGCUACGGCACUCACCAUGCCGCAGAAUUCAAGUAUGGCGAGUAAAAACUAUGAUUACGACUACGAUUCCUACCAGCCCUAUUUCUAUUUUGACAAUGAGCAGGAGGAUUUCUAUAACCAAGAGCACGGACAGCCACCGGCGCCCAGUGAGGAUAUAUGGAAGAAAUUUGAAUUGCUCCCCACUCCCCCUCUCUCCCCGAGCCGGCGACCCUCGGUGCCAGACGCGUUCCCCUCCACUGCCGACCAGCUGGAGUUGGUUUCAGAAUUUCUUGGGGACGACGUGGUCAACCACAGAUUCAUUUGUGAUGCGGACUACUCCCAGUCUUUUCUCAAGUCUAUUAUCAUUCAGGAUUGUAUGUGGAGCGGCUUCUCUGCCGCAGCCAAGCUGGAGAAGGUGGUGUCUGAGAGAUUAGCGUCACUCCAGGCGGCGAGGAAAGAGUCGUCCAGGAGUGACUCCACCGACGACUGUAGGCCCAGCCCAAACGUCAGCUACCUUCAAGAUAUGAACACUCCUGCCUCGCAGUGCAUUGACCCAUCUGUAGUUUUUCCCUUUCCAUUGACUGACAGCUCAAAGCCUAGCAAUCAUUCAUCCACACCGACUUCCACAACGCUAUCAUUGGAUACUCCUCCAAAUAGUGGGAGUAGCAGCAGCAGCAGUGAUAGUGAUUCUGAUGACGAAGAACAGGAGGAAAUUGACGUUGUCACUGUGGAUAAGAGAAAGUCUGUGAGGAAGUCUGAUUCAAACUCAACACACCAAAGCCCUGUCGUCCUCAAGCGGUGUCAUGUUAAUAUCCACCAACAUAAUUACGCUGCCCACCCAUCCACGCGAAACGACCAGCCUGCCGUCAAGAGGAUUAAAUUUGAGAGCAACAGCAGGGUGCUUAAACAAAUUAGCCAUAUCCGAAAAUGUUUGAGUCCCAGGACUUCGGACUCUGAGGAUAUUGAUAAGCGGAGGACUCAUAACGUGCUCGAACGACAACGGCGGAACGAACUCAAACUGAGUUUCUUCGCAUUGAGGGAUGAAAUUCCUGACGUAGCCAACAACGAGAAAGCUGCCAAAGUGGUAAUACUCAAGAAGGCGACUGAGUGCAUCCUCAGCAUGCAGGAAAACGAACAAAAACUCCUCUUGUCGAAGGAGAAAUUAAGGCGGAAAUGUGAACUUUUAAAACAGAGACUUGAGCAGCUAAGCAGUUCUUAAAUUGCUUGGAAAUUACUUAUGGACUGAACUUGUUUUAAGCAUUUGAAUGAUCGUUGUACUUUAGUGAUGUUGCCCCAAGUCAAUACAAGGGUCUCAAGAGUUGGGCAAGCAAUGUUGAAUCAACCUGACAUUGAUUUAUACAAUAUCACUGCCUCAUUUGAACCCAAUAGAGGUUAGAUUAUUUGUAUUUAAUUUUAUUUUAAUAAUAAAAUGGUCUGCAGUUCCACUUACUGUUGGCCUUAACUUAAUAUUUGUUUUUGUAAGUUUUGUACAUAUUGCACAUGUAUUCAAGAUGCUGUUGAUUUCUGUAUCAUAAAUGCGU